UGGGUCAGGGACCAAGCGGACAAGGCCCUAUCCAUCCAUCCAUCCCCAUCAGAUCACCUCCCCACACAUCUGUGCGCCACCCGAACGGAAGCUCAGCCACCAGCAGCUAGCCAUGGCAUCUCGCGACGCCGCCACCUUCCAGCUCUACCGGCCCAUGGCAAUGCCGACGGCCACGCCCAUGUCCCAGACGAUGGCAAUGCCCGGCUUCUCGUCGGCCGAGGCCGCGGACGACGCCGUGGUGGCGGUGCCGGCGCCGGCGCCGAGAAAGGCCGGCGCGGCCAAGGGCGCCAAGGACCGGCACAGCAAGGUGAACGGGCGCGGGCGGCGCGUGCGCAUGCCGAUCGUGUGCGCGGCGCGCGUGUUCCAGCUCACCCGCGAGCUGGGGCUCAAGUCGGACGGGCAGACCGUGGAGUGGCUGCUGCGGCAGGCCGAGCCGUCCAUCCUGGCCGCCACCGGCUCCGGCACCACCCCGGCCGUCUUCUCCUGCUCCUCCGCGCCCUCCACCGCCGCCGUCUCCCUCCUCGGGAAGCGGCCGCGCGAGGAGCACGAGCACGAGGCGGCGCCGUCCUUCUGGGAGGCGCUGCAGGCCCGGCCCGUGCCCUGGGGCCUCUCCCCGUCGCUGGAGGCGCAGGCGUACGCGUCGUCGGUGGCGCAGGGGCACCACCACCACCUGAACCUGCUCUCCGCGCUCUCCGGCGCCUCCAGGCGGCCAGAGGAGGAGUCCCGGUGACCGCCGCCGCGGAGCCGCUCGCCUGUCUACGUGAUCGCAUGCGCUAGCUGACCGCCCGUGGCUAAUUCUUGGAGUCAGCUGUUCUUGUUGCUGUGUGGCUUGCCCUACGUACUUUCUUUUGCUUCCUUUCUCCUUUGCGUGCACCGUGUGUUUUCUUUUGCGUGGUUUUUGGUCCGGGAAGAAAGAAUUAAUCGAGAAUCUGAGCAGCAUCAGAGAUUCCAAGGUAGCAACUGUAGAUACAAGCCUGUUAUGCUAGAUCUUACCACCGCUCCAUCUCGUCGGAUUUGUGAUUGUGCUUGUCACUAGUUGUUACUACAGUGUAUUACGCCACUGCCACUCCCUGCUGUCUGUGAGUGACGAUUGAUCUAUCUAACACAGUGCCACUCUUGUACCA